AUGCAAUGUUCCUGGAAGGCUGUCCUCCUACUAGCCUUGGCAUCCAUUGCGAUCCAGUACACAGCAAUCCGGACCUUCACCGCCAAGUCCUUCCACAGCUGCCCUAUCCCCAACCCUGUGAACUGCAACCUGAGCCAGGACACUGAUGCGGCUGACAGGCUGUGUGAUGAGAGCCCCACUUUCUCGUAUAACCUCUCCAGGAAGACGCACGUCCUCAUCCUCGCCACCACCCGCAGCGGCUCCUCGUUUGUCGGGCAGCUGUUUAACCAGCACUUCGAUGUCUUCUAUUUAUUUGAGCCCCUCUACCAUGUCCAGUACACCCUGAUCCCAAAGCUGACCCAGAGCAAGAGUACAACGGACAGGCGGGUCAUGCUGGGGGCCAGCCGAGACCUGCUGAGGAGCCUGUAUGACUGCGACCUCUACUUCUUGGAGAACUACAUCAAACCCCAGCCUGUCAACCACACCACUGACCGCCUCUUCCGCAGGGGAGCCAGCAAGGCCCUGUGCUCGCCGCCCGUCUGCGAGUCCCUGGGAGCCAUCGACCUCCACCUGGAGGAGGGAGACUGCGUGAAGAAGUGCGGGACCUUGAACCUGACGCUGGCCACCGAGUCCUGCAGAGAGCACGGGCACGUGGCCAUCAAAACCGUGCGGGUGCCCGAGGUCAGCGACCUCCGGGCCCUGGUGGAGGACCCGCGGCUGAACUUGAAGGUCAUCCAGCUGGUGAGGGACCCCCGGGGAAUCCUGGCGUCCCGGAGCGAGACCUUCCGGGACACGUACCGGCUGUGGAGGAUCUGGGAUGGUACUGGCAGGAAGCCGUACAACCUGGACGUGACCCAGCUCACCACGGUGUGUGAGGACUUCUGGAACUCCGUGUCCACCGGCCUCAACCGGCCACCGUGGCUCAAGGGCAAGUACAUGCUGGUGCGGUAUGAAGACCUGGCCAGGAACCCCAUGAAAAAGACCGAGGAGAUCUACGACUUCCUGGGCAUCCCCAUGGACAGCAACAUUGAGCGCUGGAUACAGAACAACACCCGAGGAGACAGGUCCUCCUCCAAACACAAGUACGGGACGGUGCGCAACUCAGCGGCGACAGCGGAGAAGUGGCGGUUCCGGCUGUCCUACGAGAUCGUGGCGUUCACCCAGCACGCCUGCCAGCAGGUGCUGGCACAGCUCGGCUACAAAACCGCUGGCUCCGAGGAGGAGCUGAAGAACCUUUCCAUCAGCCUGGUGGAGGAGAGAGACUUCCUGCCCUUCUCCUAAGGCAGCCCCGGGGGGGCUCGGUUUUGAUACGGACUGUUUCUAACUGUUGCCUUAUUUUUUUGUUUUGUUUUGUUUUGUGUGUCUCCCCCCCACCCCCCCACCCCUUCCCUCUCUCGUCUUUUUCUCUCCAAAAUUUGCACUAA